GGGGGCUCAUUUGCUGGCAUCAUCUAAUAGCAAACAUCAACCCUACGCCUUGGGUAUUUGGCAUUCUUGAUCAUGGUGCAUAUCCAGGACCUCCCAAUUGAGAUACUGAACCAUAUUUUGUCUUUUAUUUUCUACCCUAAAUAUGAAUCCUUCGAAAAGUUACCAGAGGGUGCGGAUGAAGGUGAGAAACCCAAAGGAGUCACUGCGGAGGAAUUGAAGAGAGGCGACAGGCACGACGAUGAAAAUGACGAUGUUAAUGUUACUCUACUCAACCUCUGCCUAGUUUCGCGGUUGUUCCGCGAUCUAGCCCAACCUGUUCUCUUCCACGAUUUCGAGGAAGAUGGCUGGACUGAAGAUACCUUGGACAGCAUGUGAUGUCUAUCGACAUCACAGUCCCAUUUACCCUAGGGGCUCAUAGCGAUCUCGGCGUAGAGGACUCCGUGCUUUUCAAAGGUGAAAUCAAGGACCUUCGAUUUACCGAACCUCUUAAGAAAACGUGGAUUGCGGCCAUGGAGAAAUCCGAUCUCAGCGUUUUUCUAGCAUUGCUGAUUAUUAAGACACCAAAGCUUCGUUGGCUGUUUCUGCCAGGAGGCCAAAUCUCCACAAUUCCCUUCGCUCAACUCUUCAAUCGAUAUCCCUCAUUUCUGUCCAACCUAGAGCAUCUUUGGAUCAAUGGUGACCCUGACCUUGUCGGCUUCAACAUUGCGUCUUAUCAGAAUUUCGUUACCUGUCCAAACCUUUCAACUCUGACUUUUACGUACGGCGAUCUCGAUCUUCCAUCGUAUCCAUCUACGUGGAAGACUAGAAAAUUGACAGCGGAGCAAGUGUCCUUUUAUCAAUGUCAUAUUGAUAGUGGAGCUAUUCAAAAAUUCAUGAAGGCUUGUAAAAAACUGACUCAUUUUACCUAUGAAAGCUUUAGCCUGGACCUAGAAGACCAACAGCUGAGACCCCUUAAAGUUGGUCGCGAGCUCAACGCUGAAAAUGCCCGCCAAGGCGCCCUCCUGCAUAAAGAUACUCUCAAGCUUUUCUACCUCGGAUUUGCACGGGAUCCAUGGAUAAUUGAGGAUAUUGAAGGAUACCAAGGAUACCUUUCGAGCCGUACUAAGAUCGGCUCGCUCCGCGACUUCUCCGUGCUCGAAACCAUCUACAUCCCACAUGCAGACCUUCCACCGCACCCUCAAUUUCCACGCUCGCUCAAAACACUCCAUAUAACCGAUUGCAACUCGUCUAUUCUGGGAAUGAUCCAAAAUAUUGCUGCAGACUGUAAAAAUGGCCUUUACCCGAAUUUUAUCAGCUUCAAGGUACUCGCACUAGAUAUCACCCGGCCCAUUAAACUUCCUGGGCAACGAAUCCCACCGGGAAAAACCCCCGAAGAAUGCUUCCUUGGCCUUAGAGAUCUGUUCAAAGAUACCACGGUAGAUUUCCAAAUCGUGCCGUACAACAUGCCUGACAAUGACGAUUACGGCAUCGACGAUGAAGAUUUGGAGGAUGAAGGGUUUUCGGGAGAAAUUCCACCGGCCUUGGAGGAAUUGAUAAUGCGGGCGGCUUUGCAGGACCCUAACUUUCCACACGGCUUCGUACGUGGUGGUCCGAAUGCUGCAAAUGAUGAUUCAUGGGAAACUGAAGACGACGACUGAGUAAAAUAGUCGUAUGAUUAAUCCGUUUAUCCAUUCGUUUCGUACAUCAUAGUGAACCCUAGAAGGAUUUCCUACUCUAUGUGAUAACAAACAUUUCGGUUAUUUGGUUGAAUUUUAUGAAUAUUCGUCUCAGCGAGCAAGACCU